AUGGCGAAUAAAUUUGGAUUGGGUUCUUUAUAUUUAGAAACUACAAAACCUAACACAACAGCGUGGAUAAAUAAAGCAAAACCUUAUUUUGUGGAACAAAUUGGAGACACACUUCAAGGUGAUUUAGAUAUGAAUAAUUUUACCAUAACUAAUUUAAAGUUACCAGAAAAUGAUUAUGAUGCUGUUCACAAGAAAUAUUUAAUGGAUCAAUUAAAUUUAAUUGAAGUAAAUAAAGGCCAUUUAAAAGAAAGAGUAAAUGAUGUGAACAAGAAUGAAAUACAAAAACAAAUAGUUGGUAUUAAACAACAAUUACUAAAUCUAGUAGAUAAAACUCAAUUACAAACUUUAAGUUCAUUAAUAUCUAAAUUAGAUGAUAAGACAGCAAAGCAAAAAAUAGAUCUUAAACAACUAAUAGAUAAUAUUAAACCAGAUGAUAAGAUACCAAAACAAAAAAUAGAUCUUAAAGAAGUAAUAGAUAAUAUUAAUCCAGGUAUAAGUGAAGAUAAAUUAACUGAAUUAGAAACCGAAUUACAACAAGAACUAACAAAUAUUAAACAACAAAUUCAACAACAGAUAGAAAAUAUUGAUGAUAAUGAAGAUUUACAGAAAAAAUGGAAAAGACAGAAAGAAAUAACAAGCAAUAAUAAUUAUUUACAACAUAAUAAUUUCACAUGUUUCUAUAAACAUGAAACAUCUAGUUUAGCGGCAUGGGGUAAUUCAUCUAAUCUACCAAUGAAUUUGAGAAAGAUCACUGAUAUCAAUAUUGCAAAUUACACCGAAGAUAAUUGGGAAUCUUUAAGACAGGAAUGGGAACCUUAUGCUAAAAGAGAUACCCUAUGUCUUGGAGCUUGUUUGAUAAAAUAUAACCAAGUCACGAAAGAAGUUGUAAACCAGAAUAUGUCCAAUAAUCUAACGACUCCCGCUUUAUCUUUUAAGGGUUGGUAUUAUUUGUAUCAUUACGAUAAAGAAAUGGUUGAAGAAGAAUGGUAUGAAACUACUAGAAUGGUUCCGAAACAUACAGAAAAAGAAAAUAUAGAAAUGUUUAUUCGCAUUCACACCCUUUUAUAA